GAAAAACCGAAAAACACAGAAUAGAGCAGAAGAGCAGAAUCAAAGCCGGAGAAGAUGGAGAACCAGCAAGGUAACACAGAAUCAAAGUCAAAGGUAGUGAUACAGAUACCUUCAUAUCAAGAAGUUCUCGAGAGCUCGCAGCAAAAUUCUUCACAAUCUCUCUUCAAACCUUCCCAGUCUUUCUCUCAGGCGUUCUCUUUCCUCAAAUCCUCCGAAUUUUACUCUCCCCCUCCCUCCUCCUCCAUCUCUUCACAGUCCACCACCACCACCCUAAACGGCGCUGUUCCGAGGCAUAAUGAACCAUCCGAUGUGCCGUCCUCGGCACCGGCAUCAACUUCGGCUGUGGCGUCAUCUAAUCAGAGUCGUAAUGCAAUUCUCGUGAGCCACAGACAGAAAGGAAAUCCGUUGCUCAAACACAUCAGAAAUGCGCGAUGGGCUUUUGCAGACAUUGUUUGUGACUACUUGCUGGGGCAAAGUUCUUGUGCUCUCUAUUUAAGUCUUCGGUAUCAUUUGCUGCAUCCAGAUUACCUCUACUACCGAAUUAGAGAACUACAGAAAAACUUCAAGCUUCGCAUUGUUCUGUGUCAUGUUGAUGUGGAGGAUGUAGUGAAGCCUUUACUUGAAGUUACAAAAACAGCCCUGCUUCAUGAUUGUACCCUAUUAUGCGCUUGGAGUUUGGAGGAAUGUGGUCGCUACUUGGAGACCAUAAAAGUCUAUGAAAACAAGCCUGCAGAUCUAAUUCAAGGCCAGAUGGAUACAGAUUAUCAAUCACGGUUAAACCAUGCUCUGACAACUAUUCGACAUGUUAACAAGACUGAUGUCAUCACCCUUGGGUCGACAUUUGGGUCACUUUCAAAUAUAAUGGACGCAUCCAUGGAAGAUCUGGCUCGCUGCCCUGGUAUAGGAGAGCGCAAGGUGAAACGCUUGUAUGAUACGUUUCAUGAACCAUUCAAGCGUGUGGUUUCCACUCAUCCUGUCGUUCCAGAAAUUCCUGUCCAGAAGGAUGCUGAACCUGGCUCUGCCAAUGAAGCUUCAGAAGGGGUGAACUCAGAAGAAACAAGCAAACGUAAGAAGAAAGAACCUGAAGUUAACAUUAAAUCGGCCCUACAUGCUGCAUUUUCCAAGUAUUCUGAUAAAAUUGGUAAAAAGAACAAUAAACCACGAGGUCAGGGAGAACCGAGCACCCUAAUUGACUCAGAUGCUGAAACUAAGAGUUCCAGUGAAGGAGAUGCAAGUUGAUAUUCUUUUCCAACUCAAAGGCAUGCCAAACUAUCGUACAACUGUAUUUAGAGUUAAUUUAACCCCCGUGCUGUUGUACGGCCAAUGUAUUUGAAAAAUUGUCAUUAGAUUGUAGUUUUAUUGUAUAUAAAUAAAUAUCUUGGAAAUGCAGUAA